GUCAUCAUUAGGUGUGGGCCAACGGUUGUGUGGGUCAGGGAGCUUCUAGUUGGGCUAAAAGCAGACUGUGUUGUACUUUUAAAAGGAAGGAAAAUUUUAACUUUCUAUAAGAAGCUUGUGAAAGUUUUUAUCCAGUACAAUAACAGAAUGAAAGCUGCGAUCAGCUGUAGAUAGCACCAAUUAAGACAUGCCCUCCAGGAAGAAAAAAACACAAAUUUCAUCUCUCUCUUUCCUCACUUCCUCUGAAAGAGUAGAGAACUUGAAUGUGCCAUAUCAGCCAACGCCCACCCUUGGGCUGGGUGACGUCAUCUACGAGAACGUGACAGCAGAGGACGAGGAGAUGACCCAAGUGGGAGAAUCUCUUGGAGGGUCGGUCACUUCAGAUCCCAUCAGCAGUGCUAUCGUUAGACCGUCCUCAGCUGGCAGGAAGCCUGACACCCCCUCCACCCUAACCGUGCCGGCCAUUGGGAUGUACCCCGCCCUAACAGAGACCCUGGCGCUGACUACACCAGAGAGCCUGCCCUACUCUAGACCUCCCAGGAAACAAGCGACAAAACGGAGUCAAAGAGACGGCUCCAGCACACCUAUGGAGCUUGACCUGGGCCUGCCCCCAGCCCUACCGUCCAGAAAGAGGCGGGAGAGCGGCGUGUCUCUCCUCCUAGACCCCACGGAGACGGCUGUAGUGUACGACACGCUGCCCUGCCUCAGGUCACGUGAUGUCUCCGGCACAAGGUCUUCGUCAGCAAGCUCCAUUGAUGGCUCCAGGUCCAUUAGCUCCAAGACACUUCGUAUGAAGGCACUUUUGAGUCCAGAAGAAGCCUGGCUGAGCAGUGUCGAGACAAGGCUUGCCGCUAAAGCAGGGACUACAGAAACUUUAAAUCUGCAUCAGUUCACAGAGGCGCUCCAGAUCAAAGAGUCAUUUUUCGUUGAGCGCUGUUUCCAACUGUUUGACAAGGACCAUGACGGAGAAGUCAACCUACAGAACCUAAUCAAGGACUUGCGAGCUCUUGUCUUGUCCUCUCCAACCGAGAAGAUCAGAUUUCUGUUCAAUGUUUACAAUAUUCGUGGUACAGGCAAGAUUUGUAAAACUGAAGUUCACCAGGUCUUAAAAGCUGGCGUAGAAGAAAGUAAACUUCAGUUGAGUGAAGAGAAUAUCUUGGCACUCACUGAAGCCUUGAUUACAGCCGCUGACAAAGACAAGGAUGGAAAAAUCUCGUUCGACGAAUUGACAAGCUUGGUUCAACAACACCCUCACAUAGCCAACAAUUUAGCCAUCAGUACGCUGAUGUCCAACACACAAGCUGGCAUUGAGUAUGUGUUUUCUGACGAUAACGCAGACGAAACGAAAAAAAAAGAAAGAUGUUGUCGUCACCUGACCACCACCUACAUCCAGAACAACUUCAAGAAAAUAUUUUUCCUCUUUUUUUACCUGUUGAUAAAUGCAGGUCUGGGCGUGUGUAAUGCCUGGAGGUAUUGGCACAAAAACACCUGGCUCAUUGUAGCUCGAAUAUUCGGCCUCUGCCUAGACUUUAACUGUACAUUUAUUGUUGUCUUAAUGCUUAGACGGUUGAUAACAUAUCUCCGUGCUACUCCGUUGGUCAAGGUGUUGCCAUUUGAUCAACAUAUCAUGUUUCACAAAAUUUGUGGCUACAUGAUCACCAUUCAAAGUGUUGGCCAUACUGUUGCUCACUUAGGAAAUGCUUUUCUUGUAGCCCAAGAUAAACACAUGUCAGUGCUGGAGGUUGUAUUCACCACAAAAGCCGACAUUGGAUGGAUAGCUGGCACGGCACCAUUGACCGGCGUUGCUCUGUGCCUGAUACUUGUAGUGAUGGUUGUAUUGUCCUUGCCAUUCAUAAGACGCAGUGGAUGCUUUGAGGUAUUCUACUGGAGUCACAAGCUUUACCUGGCCUUCUGGGUCCUGCUGAUUGUCCACUGUGCAGACUUCUGGAAGUGGUUUGUUGUCCCUGGAUUUGUCUUCCUGUUGGAGGCCGUGUCAACCAUCUCGUGGAUUAGAACAGCCUACAUGGGCAAGACUUACAUCCAGUCGGUCUGCAUUUUGCCAUCUGAGGUCACUCACCUGCUAAUAUCAAGACCGGCAGGAUUCACAUUCAAAGCAGGAGAUUAUGUCUUUAUUAAAAUCCCCGCUAUCUCCAAGCACGAGUGGCAUCCCUUCACCAUCAGCAGUGCACCAGAACAAGCAGAUUCUUUGGGGCUUCACAUCAGAUGUGCUGGCUAUUGGACACAAUCUUUGCACGAUUAUUUCGUCAACUACGUGUGUGAAGAUAUAGAAAACACAGGUGAUAACGCAGUAGACACAGAAAGGAAGUCAAAUCUGAUUCGCAGAGCUUCCUCUAUAGCUUGGCAAAAGCAGAAACCGCUCAAAGCUCGACUUAUAGAUGCCAACAUUAGACGGAGGGUGGUCACCAAAUGUGCCAGGGUCCAGUGCCAUUUAGAUGGCCCUUAUGGAACACCAAGUCGUCAUAUAUAUGAAUCCGAGCACGCUGUUCUCAUCGGGUCGGGUAUAGGAAUCACACCCUUCGCUUCCAUCCUGCAGUCCAUCGUGUCCCAGUUUAAGGCGAGCUGCGUUAAAUGUCCAAAGUGUACCUACACUUGGUGCCAUAAGCCGCCAGCAUCUGUCAUGAACCUAAAGAAAGUAGAUUUUAUCUGGAUCAACCGAGACCAACGCCAUUUUGAAUGGUUUGUCUCGCUACUCUCGCGUCUUGAGCGAGAACAGGAAAUUGAGGGGGGACUCGGUCAUAUAUUAGACAUGCACAUGUAUAUGACGUCAGCACCACCUAAAACAGACAUGAAAGGUUUAAUUUUACAAAUGGCUCUGGACAUCGUCCACGAGAAAGAGAAAACUGACCUCAUCACUGGACUACAGACUAGAACCCAGGCUGGUCGGCCAGAUUUUGACUUGUUGUUUAGAAAAAUUAGUAAGAAUGCAAAGGGCAGGGUAACUGUCUUCUUCUGUGGAUCUCCGCUCCUCGGCAAAACGCUCAAACAAUACAGUCAUAAGUAUGGAUUCGUUUUUCGACAUGAAUAUUUUUAACAUCAAGCAUAUAUAUUGACCAGAACUUGUUCAAUCAAGUAUAU